AUGAUUGCCCUCAAGGUCACUCCUCGUAUAUGCAUUGUAGUGUGCGAGGCGGGAUGGACAAUCUUCACCUUUGCGCAGGCCUCUGCACGUAGUAGCAGAGACAUGUACGCCUUCCGCUUCAUGAUCGGAAUAUUUGAGUCCGGCUUCUCACCGAUAAUCAUAUUCCUGUUUGGCUCUUGGUACACCCGAUCCGAGUUGGCAAAGCGAAUAGCAAUCUGGCACAUCACCGGCUUCUUCGGCUCGGCCACAUCUGGCUUCCUCCAGGCCGGUAUACACAAGUCAUUGGACGGCAGCCUCGGACUGUCAGGAUGGCGAUGGAUGUACAUAGCCUGGUACAUCACCGAAGCAGAUAAAGAGAUUGCGAUGCGUCGCUCAGCAAGGCAGGGAACCGUCCACGUCACAGGACGCUUGGAUCUGGCCCUGCUCAAGCGCAUGUUCGGAAACUGGCGCUGGUGGACCUUGUGUCUGAUGUACAUUUUUUAUGGGAACUCGUGCCAGGCAAACAGCUACUUUGCAAUCUAUCUUCGUGAGGCCGGGUACAGCGUCACUAAGCGGAACAUAAUUCCGGCCAUGGCCAACCUGGUCAGCAUGGUGACUGAUUACGGCUGGGGGUCCUUCUCGGACAUGACGGGAUCGCGGUCUAUAUGGAUUGUCGGACCCCUGUUGUGUACCACUGUCAUCGGAUCAUCUAUCCUAACGGCCUGGCCUCCGUCAGACGCUGCUAAGGUCGUCGCCUUUUUCUUCGUAUCUGGUGGUUAUACCACUGCAGUUGCCUGGACUUGGGCCAACGAGAUCAACAGGGGCAAUGCAGAAGAGAGAGCUCUGACGAUAUCGAGCAUGAACGGCCUGUUCUAUGCAACUAUACUUACGGAUUUCCUGCACAAAAGACAGCUGGACCGAGAGGCCAAGGCAGCCGCCAGCUUGCCAGCUUCUGAGCGCCUAGGACUGGAUAUCGAGCAGCACGACCCUUCGGCGCCGGUCGAGGAGGCCAAGAUUUAG